GAAUUAGAGAGGGGUGUGUUGGUGUAAAUAGCAGCUUUAAGUGCGGGGUGUGAGUGCUGCUGGCUGCGCUUCAUUCAAUGCCCGCAGAGAGCAGCAGCAGCUCCGCGGCGGCUUUAAGACAAUCCGGGCAUCUCUUCCAGUCUGCGGAUGACAUCAUUGAUAUUGUCAAUGGUGUAAACUGAGAGAGAGAGGGCUGGGUGGGUGGGGGUGUGUGAGAGAGAGAGAGGAGAGAGAGAGCAGCCAGAGAAGGACCUCACUGUCUGGUUUCGGCGUCUUUUCCUCCCAAAAAAAAAUAAAAUAAAUAAAAUCGUGACUGAGAAUCUGUCAGAGUCUCGGUGGCUCCAGUCGGAUCAGCUGUAUAUUUUUUGGGGUCUUUUUUUCAGGAGUGUGGGGGGUCACAGAUCUCCCGAGGUUAUGAGCCGUCCGAAGCCGCGUCGGUGCGUCGCUGUCCGGGGUCCUGAGUCCUGAGUGAGACGGGGAGCCAGCAGUGCCACCACGGAGCCUGACAUCACCCGUGAGUUGAAAAGCUCAGGAGCCAUGGAGUUGAGGGUGGGGAACAAGUACCGCCUCGGGAGGAAGAUAGGGAGCGGAUCCUUUGGAGAUAUUUACCUCGGUUCUAACAUCGCUACAGGAGAGGAAGUAGCCAUAAAACUGGAAUGUGUGAAAACCAAACACCCACAGCUCCACAUCGAGAGCAAAUUUUACAAGAUGAUGCAGGGCGGAGUGGGAAUCCCGUCUAUUAAGUGGUGCGGAGCGGAAGGCGACUACAACGUUAUGGUCAUGGAGCUGCUGGGCCCCAGUCUGGAGGACCUGUUUAACUUCUGCUCCCGCAAGUUCAGUCUGAAAACCGUCCUGCUGCUGGCCGACCAGAUGAUCAGCAGGAUUGAAUACAUCCACUCCAAGAACUUCAUCCACAGAGACGUGAAGCCCGACAACUUCCUGAUGGGGCUCGGCAAGAAGGGCAACCUGGUCUACAUCAUCGACUUCGGCCUGGCCAAGAAGUACCGCGACGCCCGAACGCACCAGCACAUCCCUUACCGUGAGAAUAAGAACCUCACCGGCACCGCCCGCUACGCCUCCAUCAACACCCAUCUGGGCAUCGAGCAGUCGAGGAGAGACGACCUGGAGUCUCUGGGCUACGUUCUCAUGUACUUCAACCUGGGCUCUCUGCCCUGGCAGGGGCUGAAGGCUGCCACCAAGAGGCAGAAAUACGAACGCAUCAGUGAGAAGAAAAUGUCCACCCCCAUCGAGGUGCUCUGCAAGGGAUACCCCUCUGAGUUCUCCACUUACCUGAACUUGUGUCGCUCCCUGCGGUUCGACGACAAGCCGGACUACUCGUACCUGAGGCAGCUCUUCAGGAACCUUUUCCACAGACAGGGCUUCUCAUACGAUUACGUCUUUGACUGGAACAUGCUGAAGUUUGGGGCCGGGAGGACCGCAGAGGACGGAGAGAGGGAGAGGAGGGAGGGAAAAGAGGGAGAGGAGCGAGCAGGAGGAGGAGGAGGAGGAGGAGGCCAAAGAGGAGCUGGAGGUCGAGCUCUGCCGCCUGCUCCGAACCCUUCAGCAGCCAACAGAGUCAGGAACGAGGCGGACGCCGCUCCUUCAAACCCGGCCACGCGUGGGGUCCAGCCGUCAGGUAACCGCUCUCCUCAGGCGGGAAGAGCAGAGCGAGCCGAGCGAGAGAGGAAGGUGGCCAUGAGGCUUCACCGCGGGGCCCCCGCCAACGUCUCCUCUUCCGACCUCACCGCACGCCUCGACCAAUCACGCAUCGCUGCAUCGCAGGUCAGUGUGCCGUUUGAACAUCUGGCAAAGUGAGUUCCUCCUGGCUGGCCUGCAGGUCAGCGGCAGCAGCUGCAGGGUAUCAAAUACCCCUUACGUUUCAAAAUGGAUGAAUGAAAACAUGAAUGAGUGGAGGAGGACAAGAGGAGCGGGAGGAGGAGGAGGAGGAGGCGUUGCAGGCCCUUAAAAGGGGGUGGGGUUCAAGGCCAUCCGUGUGUCUGUCAGUAUGCUGUGUGAACUACAGUGGUGACCAUGAGGAAGACUGCGGGACAAAACAAACUCUUUGGCUGGAACUGGUUGCUUCUUUUCGGGAUGUGGCCGGAGGAGGAAGUGGGUGAAACAACACACACAGGUCACUCAUAUUCACCUGCCCAUCGACUCAGAGGCUCAACUUGCAAAAAGAAAAAAACAUUAAAGUGCACAAAAUGGACUAAAUUAUUAGUUAUUCUGUGGUUUACACAUGUGAUAAAAAAUUUAAAAAAUCAACUACUAACCUGCUAAGAGCUACAUCCGCUGCUUAUGGUGUUCUUGAUUAUAAAUAAAUAAAUAAAUAUGUAAACAACUAUGGAGACGAACACAAAGUGUAAUCAGGCCUUUUAACAGAUGAGACAGUGGAUCAAAGGGAUGAUCAGAGGUAUGGGGAUGAAUGUGAGAGAGUCUGAGGUGAAUUAGUAGAUGGGAGUGAGGCUGCUUUUUGUCAAUAAAUGUCAGUGUCCGUCUGUGUGUUACUGUCUUAAGUGUUUUUGCCUUUAGGUUUGCUUUAGAGAGCCUGAGAGAUGGAGGAGGGAAAGGUGGCUGUUGAUGAAUUACCCAUGAAUCAUAACAGAAGACUAGUCCCCAAUUCAAAGUUCCUCUUCUUCAUCACACUUGUUUCUGUCUUAGCAUGACGAGGAAAACAUUGAAUGUGGAAAGAGGACGAGGAGGAGGAGGAGGAGGAGGAGGAGGAGGAGGAGAGAAUAAAGCAGAGAGCCAUGAGGAUUGUAUGAUAUGAUAAAGCCUUAGUCCAGCUUGUAACUCCAGGUAUGAAAAUUCUUGAGAAAGUUAUAAGAUCUUGGUGGUGAACAAGUCUGGUGUCGUAUUUUUGUUCUUUACUUUUUAUAAUACAUGUAAAAUGUGUAGAUACCUUUUGCCAGAAUGUGACCGAUUGUUUUAAAGAUUGAGGCUGGAGAGACGUUUGCUUCCUGACAGCCCUGGUGUGGGGAAACGUGAAACAGACCACUAACCUUUAGAGUCCGCCAGAAGUGUGUGUAUGUGUGUGUGUGUGUGUGUGUGUGUUUUGGUUUCCACUGUGGCAGGCAAUGACAGAAAGGUUCUUGUUCGUAAACCAAGGAGUGUUUUGACCCAGGCCUGUCAGGACGGACGGGUGUCACUGAUGGGAAUGAGCUGUACAUUUCUUUACCAUGCUUCAACUUUAUUACUAUGAUAUUUGUGUAUAUUUUCUGAAUCAAUAAAGAUAUACACAGCUUAUA